AUGAACAAAAAAAUUAUAUUUUAUUUCUUGACUGCAUUGGUUGUGCUAAUCUUCAAAAUCGAUUCAAGUCAUUCAAUUCCAACGAUUUCUAAAUAUGAUGAGAAUUAUUGGACAUCAGAAAAAAUGAAAAAAGCUAAACCCUUAACAACUAAAAAUAUUGGAUUUAGAACAAGAAGUGGUGUCGAAACUAUUAAAAAAACAACUGACUCCUCUAAAGACACGAAAUCUAUGCAACCUUUGGAGAGAAAAUAUGAUGCAAAAACUGGGGCAGCAACUGCGGAUCAAGUUAAAGCUAUUGCCGUUGGAAAGUUAUUUAUGAGCAAGAAUGGUGAAGAUUUUGUUUGUACCGCUAGUGUAAUCAAUACUGAUGAUGGAAAUAUUGGAGUUACUGCAGCGCAUUGUCUUUAUGAUCAUAAUACUCAAUCAUAUUUUGAUAAUGUAAUGUUUUCUCCUGGAUAUGACAAUGGACAACCUGGUCCACUUGGUAAAAUUCCUAUCGCCAAGAUGGUAGUAACAAAUGAAUUUCUUAAUCAUAAUGAUGAUGAAUUUGAUUGGGGCAUGAUGUUAUUUAAUUUUAACAUGCAAGGUCUUCCAUUAAAAUAUUUUACGGGAGCUCUCGGUUGGAUAUUCCAACCAGGAAACAAUGUUCCAACAACUAUUCAAGGUUAUCCGGAUGGAGGUAAUCUUCCAAAUUGUCCAAAUAAUGGACGGACUCUUUGUAUGUGGCAAGGAGUAACAAUAUUGGAAGAUGAUUUUUAUAUCGUACAUGACUUAAAUUUAGGAGAGGGUGCAAGCGGAGGUCCUCUUAUGACGAAUUAUGAUCCAAAUGUGAAUUUGGGUCUUUUAUAUAGUAAUUAUGCUUCUUUUGAUGAUCUCAAUGACCAAUUACUUGGACCUAUUUAUGACCCAAUAGAAUUCCAAGCAUUAAUAGGCGAACUUACACUUUAAACUAUCAUGUA